AUGUUCACAAGAAGAAAUGCAAGGUCUGUGUAUAAGAACCAGCUCUGGAUUAUGCAGGAAGAGCUACUGCCACACUUCAUAGGGACUGUCUUUUUUGAUAACUGCCGCAGGAAUGCCGUUUUGGAAGCUGAUUUUGCAAAGAAGGGGCUGAAGCUUCCAAAAGCCAGGAAAACGGGCACGACCAUCGCGGGGGUGGUGUAUAAGGAUGGCAUAGUUCUUGGAGCAGAUACAAGAGCAACUGAAGGCAUGGUUGUGGCUGACAAGAACUGUUCAAAAAUUCACUUCAUCUCCCCUAAUAUUUAUUGUUGUGGUGCUGGGACAGCUGCAGACACAGACAUGACAACCCAGCUCAUUUCUUCCAACUUGGAGCUCCAUUCCCUUUCCACUGGUCGCCUUCCCAGAGUUGUGACGGCCAAUCGGAUGUUGAAGCAGAUGCUUUUCAGGUAUCAAGGCUACAUUGGUGCGGCCCUAGUUUUAGGGGGAGUAGAUGUUACUGGACCUCAUCUCUACAGCAUCUAUCCUCAUGGAUCAACUGAUAAAUUGCCUUAUGUCACCAUGGGUUCCGGUUCCUUGGCAGCUAUGGCUGUGUUUGAAGAUAAGUUUAGGCCAGAUAUGGAGGAGGAAGAGGCUAAGCAGCUGGUGAGUGAAGCCAUCUCAGCUGGCAUCUUGAAUGACCUGGGGUCUGGAAGCAACAUUGAUUUGUGUGUCUUGUGA